UUGUUUGUGCAAACUCUAAUCAAGCCUCAGAAUGUUAUCAGUGUUUGGCUGACUGGUGCAGUGAGUUCCUGUGAUGCAGAAUGGCAUUCUGGUAAAAGUCAUUCAAGGUAUUCAUUUCAGAUAGCAACGAUAUAUUCACCAUGUCACACAAGUGCCAUUCUGUUGUGACCAUAGAGUCGAUUAGUCCAGACACGGACACUUGUUCUUCACAGCUGACUGUGUUUGGCUACUUGCUGAGUCUGUGCAAAUUUGUGAGACCGUAUUUUUCAGUGUCAAACAACAGAAUUCCUCGUAGGAUAGUAUCUUCAAUGGCACCACCACUCUUUUUCCCAGAGUUCCAGCGGUACUCUGACAUGAAAGGGCCUGUAGUGAUUGUAACAUUGUUAGCAUCAAUUCUUCUCUACGGCCUUCAUAGUCCCCAAAGAACUCUUGUUAUGGAAGUUUUGGCUGCAGCAAAGCUCACUGUUGGUUAUUGGCUGGGUUUCUCAUUUCUUGCAUUUUUCCUGGGUUACUUUUGUCAAACGAGUCUUACAUUUUCACAGAUGCUUUCCAUAACUGGGUAUAGCCUAACAGGACACUGUCUUGUCUUAUUAACGGCAGAAGUGCUGCACCAAGAAGAGAACCAUGGUGUAUUCUUUUUCCUUACAACAGUCUUUGGUGGACUUGCCACAGGCAGACUUAUUAUAAUCAUGUUAGCACGUACGCCAGGUCCAGGGCAGCGCCUUGUGAUGUGCUCUACUUUAGCAUGCAUACAUCUUAUGCACUUGAUAUAUAUUCAUUUUGCAUUUAUGAGGAAAAAAUUUGCUGUUUAGUGCAUGACCACAAUUCAGAUUCUGCAGUUUGCUGGUUGUGAACAAAGUAAAAUCUCAGGAUAUCUGUUUUCAAAUUAAAAUAAUUUUGUGUGCUUGUUGUUCGGUUAUAAACCCAUUAAACAUCUUGUGAGGCAGCAUGCAGAAGAUGUAUAUUAAAAACUUAGCUUUCUUCUGUGGAAGUCAUGUUAAAUGGAAAAUGUAGAAAUUCACAAAGCAUUCUUUCUGUAAAUACGAUUAUUGUACUAAUAAAUAAGAAUAUUUUUA